UAUCGUCCAGACCCUGAGUCCUCCGGCAGCAUUGCUAACUUCUGAGCCACAGUCCUGGUGUCGCACUCACUCGGGCUCGUCACUCCCCUUCUCAUACUUUGUUUGAUUGGCUCCUCCCAUUAAGAAGUCUGAAAAUUAAUGAGGAAUUUAUUUCUUCCCAGUAUUGAGCACCCAGAGAACUCUGAGGGAUGGCGGGAGUAGCACAGGUCUUAUCCUCCAGGAAAGACUGGCAUAGUGUGCACUCCAUAGGGGAGACAGAUAUAGAAGAAGUGAAUUUUGGAGUAAAUAAGGACUCUGACAACUCCAGCCUACGCUCAGUCCGUUGGGACAUGCAGCGCGGGAAGCGGAACCCAAAUACCCAAGGAUCGGGCUUCCGAGGUAGCGGGCCCACAGGAGCGGUGCACCAUCAAGAUGGCGGCGAGCCUGCGGAAACGCGGCCGGGCAGGUCCCGCAGCCCUGGCGGCGGGACAGUGCGGGCAAUGGCUGCGGCGCGCCUGGCAAGAGCGGCGCCUACUACUGCUGGAGCCACGCUACACGCUGCUGGUGGCCGCCUGCCUCUGCUUGGCGGAGAUACAGAGAUUGACUGGAAGGCCUACAUGGCUGAGGUGGAGGGCGUCAUCAAUGGCACCUAUGACUAUACUCAACUGCAGGGCGACACUGGACCUCUUGUGUACCCAGCCGGCUUUGUGUAUAUCUUUAUGGGGCUAUACUAUGCUACGGGCCGGGGCACUGACAUCCGCACGGCCCAGCACAUCUUUGCUGUGCUCUACCUGGCCACCUUGCUGCUUGUCUUCUUGAUUUACCACCAGACCUGCAAGGUACCUCCCUUCGUCUUUUUCUUCAUGUGCUGUGCCUCUUACCGUGUCCACUCCAUCUUCGUGCUGCGGCUCUUCAACGACCCAGUGGCCAUGGCACUGCUCUUCCUCAGUAUCAACCUCCUGCUGGCCCAGCGCUGGGGCUGGGGCUGCUGCUGUUUCAGCCUGGCGGUGUCUGUGAAGAUGAACGUGCUACUCUUUGCCCCUGGGUUACUGUUCCUUCUCCUCACACAAUUCGGCCUCCGUGGGGCCCUCCCCAAGCUGGGCAUCUGUGCUGUCCUUCAGGUGGUGCUGGGGCUACCCUUCCUGCUGGAGAACCCCAUCGGCUACCUGUCCCGCUCGUUUGACCUUGGCCGCCAGUUUCUCUUCCGCUGGACCGUGAACUGGCGUUUCCUCCCCGAAGCGCUUUUCCUGCAUCGUGCCUUCCACCUGGCACUUUUGACUGCCCACCUCACCCUGCUGUUGCUCUUUACCCUCUGCAGGUGGCACAGGACAGGGGAAAGUAUCCUGUCGCUGCUGAAGGAUCCCUCCAAAAGGAAGGUUCCACCCCAACCCCUCACUCCCAAUCAGAUUGUUUCUACCCUCUUCACCUCCAACUUCAUUGGCAUCUGCUUCAGCCGGUCGCUUCACUACCAGUUCUACGUCUGGUAUUUCCACACACUGCCCUACCUCCUGUGGGCCACGCCUGCACGCUGGCUCACACAUCUGCUCAGGUUGCUGGUGCUGGGGCUCAUUGAGCUCUCCUGGAACACAUACCCAUCCACGUCCUGCAGCUCUGCUGCCCUGCACGUGUGCCAUGCUGUCAUCCUGCUGCAGCUCUGGCUGGGCCCCCAGCCUUUCCCCAAGACCAUCCAGCACAGCAAGAAAGCCCACUGAGAUCCACCUCUUCCUCUCCAGCCCAUUCUCAGGACCCUGGAUGGGGAUGGACUCUGUACCCUUCCCAAUAAACCUUACGAAGUCCA